CCAUUAUUCCCUUUCUCGCAUUGAUCGGACAACCGAUGACUUGAAAGUAAAGUGGCAUGGACGCAUCCGUAUCUGUAUCGCACAACAUGAGCAUCUGGGAACGGAGUCCGGAUCUCGUGGGCAGCAAGGAGAAUCCUGAGAUUGGCGGUGUUGAGCCGCCUCGGAAGAGGCGCAGAAAGUAUAUUGCCAAAGCCUGCAAUGAGUGCAAGAGGCGAAAGAUCAAGUGCAAUGGUGAAAAGCCAUGCGUGAGGUGCGGAAGACAACGUAUCGGAUGCGUUUACGAUAAUCCGCACGAUGAUGAAUAUGGAUCUGGUGGAAUGGAGCGACUGUACGAUCAGAUGAGCGCGAUGCAGGCGCAGAUUAGUGCUCUCACCGCUGCUGUACACUCCCUGGCGCAGAAUAAUAAUGGCCUCUCAGGGGCUGCAGUUCAGCGCCCUGAUGCUUGUUCACGGCCAUAUCGACGAUUCUCGAUAGCUUCGAAAGAAAUGACCUUUCAAGGUCCAACAACCUCCGGGUUCAGCUUCGACCUUGCCAAAUCGAGUCUGAAGGAACGCGGUAUCGAAGUCGGCGGAGAAGGAGAUAUGACUAGGGAGCCGUCGCCGUUAGCGACUCCGCCGUCGGCUGGUGCACCGGGGCACAGCGGAGACCCAUUGUGGGAUAUCAGCAAGACGGAAGCUCUCCGGCUGUGUAAGGUGUAUGAGGAGGAAAUGGGGGUCAUGUACCCCGUCGUGGAGCUCAGUGAGCUGCUCAAGAAUGUUGAUUUGCUGUAUGGACCGGCGGAGGUUGGGUUCUGGCCGCGGGCUCCGAUUCAAGGGCAGAACGAGGAAGGGUUGGAUAACGACGAGAUCAAUAUCUUGCGGCUGGUAUUUGCUUGUGCUUUGACGGCAGAGGCAAGCGGUAAUAGCGAGUUGGCGAUGAGUCUGUUCGAGACGGUACGCGAUGCGGCGGAUCAUUACGUGUGGGCAGCCCCUGAGAUCAAAAGCAUCACGCUGCUCGCGCUUGUGGCGAUAUUAUACUUCCAGAUUGGGGAGGAGACGCUGGCCUGGCGAACUAUUGGCAUUGUCAACCGCCUUUGUCUGGAAAAAGGGUUUCAUCGACGAGAGACGCUUAGACAUCCCACAAUCGUCGCGGUGGGGAGAGAGCGUGUGCUGAAGCUGUUCUGGUCUGUACGCGUCUUAGACCUGCGCUGGAGUUUCGGUACUGGUAUGCCAUUCGGAAUGGACGAGUCUGAUAUAGACCCCCUGCUUCCAGAGCCGGCGGACGAGGCGUCGUAUCUGCGUGUGAUGAUUCGGUACACUCGGAUUGCAGCCAAGGUAUGGAGGUUCAUAUCACAGUCUAACAAUACCAACGAGAUUAAGAAAGACGAAAUGAACUAUCUUGACUGGCAAGUCUUGCAGUGGGUUGCGGGUCUCCCAGAUGAUCUUCGCUUGCGAAACCCGUCAAGCUAUGCAGAUGGCGAAACGCGAAGUCUGCGUCGACUGCGUUCGCUGGUCUACCUCAGGGCAAAUCAACUGCGAAUGUUGAUACACCGUCCUGUCUUGCACUCCACGGCGAACGUCGUACGGUUCCCAACGGAAGCCCAGACCGUCGUCGACAUGGCCAAAGAUUCAAUCAGGUUCAUCACCCAGCUCCACGCCUCGUCCGACAUCUAUAAAACGCAGCAAGUCGUGUACAACUGGUUCUUGGUGUCUGCUCUCAUGGCACUGUUCCUCGCUGUCGCUCAAAUGCCUAGCCAGUAUAGCACAACUUGCCGUGAGGAAUUCUAUAUGGCGCUGGAGCUCGUCAAAGGGGUAUCAGCAAGGUCGUACAUCUCACGAAGACUCUGGAAGUCGAUUAAGGGUCUUCGUCGGCUCGGACCACAGCUAAUGCACCGACAUGGUGACGGGGACAAUGCGGCCACGGAGGGAGUGGAACAGAUGAUCACCUCUAGCGUGCAGAGCCAGACGCCUGAUGGCGACCAGAUGACGCAGGAGUUGAGGGAGUGGUUCGAGGCUGUUGGGAAUCUGGAAGAUCAGAUCAUGGGGGUGGGGUCUUUGGAUGCCUACCAAGGAGGGUACAUGCUCGACUACAGCAAUGAACUGUCGAGCAUGAUGAUCUAG